AUGAAUCAUGAAACACCGGGAUCUCAAUUCCCCCCUCCCCCACCCCCCCCCCCCCCUUCCACGGUUCCCAGACUCUUAAAUAAAAACCAUCCACCCCGCUUCAUUUGUCCCCUACUCCCCUUCCCCCUUUAUCCCCCGAUCUCUCAGUCAGCCCUCUCCUACCUCCCUCACACACAUCUUCUCACUCGUCCGCCGCCUAACCCCAUCCCUCGCCCCCUUUCCAUCGUCUUCACUCCUUCAUCAGAUCUCAUCCUCCCGCGAUGCGACCUGAUAAACCGCUCCUCUCUUCUCUGCUCCCAUUCCUCCUCCUCCUUUUCACCCUACUCCAACAGGCUGCAGCCUGCGUCUCCAAUCUUCAAUGUGCAUGCAACGAUGACAACUUCUGCUUCGACAUGAGCACCGAGAAGACCUCCCGCGCCAAUUGCGUCUACGACAACCAUUGCCUGUGCAGUGAGCGCGGCGAAUGUCUCAGCAAGCGCUGUCUCCCCGAGGAUGAAGCCUGCUUUGCACAGCAGCAAUGGCGUGCAGACGCUUCCGCACACUCGUUGAAGGGCCGGUUCACGUCAUGGCACGCCUCAGGUAGCCUGUGAAAGCCGACAUCUUGGCUUGUGUCAAGCCUCAUCCAGCAUGCCCGUGCUGCAAUAUCCGCUGCGUUUGGGUCACGCCGCACGCGCGUCAGCUCUUGUCUUUUGCUUUCCAUCGCAACACUAUACAGGACAACUUUAUGUACAGCUUUACGGUCAAGGUAGCAAUCCUAGACAGACAUCGCACUGCUUUCGUGUCAUACCGUUACAACCGACCCACUACUCCGCCUCUUUGCAUCAUAUUAGUGCGCAUCCGCAGCGUAGUGCAAAUAUAUCUUUCCAAUGUCUCCCGGCUUGAUCUUGCAUAGUUAGCAAUUAAAUCUAUCAUCUAGCACUUCUCGCUGCCUCCACCCUGCCCCUUCCCGUAAACUGAUCCUUGGCGAAA